AUGGGCAAGUGCGCCACCGAGUUCUCAAAGCUCAUCGGGUCGUCGCCACAGUUCGUCUCCCUGCCGUACUACUUCAGACGACUUCUCGUCUACACCGAUGGCUCGGUGACGCCGGACGGGUCUGGUGCUGCGGCUUGCACGGCACCGGACAUCUCGGAAACGCGCCAGUGCCGACUGCGCUUUGCCGCGUCAUCGACAGUGGCCGAACUCACCGCCAUCGAUCUCGCUGCCGACCUCCUUUUGGAACACCCGAACAUUGUGUCAGCGGCCAUUCUCACUGACUCUCGUGCGGCGCUUUGCAUGCUGGCCAGGGACUACGGCGGAGUGCCCCUUGUUGUUCGAGUUGGCUGCAAGCUGCGACACAUCGCGAAUCAAGGCUGCGACCUGGCGCUUCAAUGGAUACCCGCACACAUCGGAAUGCCAGGCAACGAGGAGGCUGACUCCCUCGCCAAGGCGGCGCACGGUGAGCGCUUUCCCCUCACCCACUUGGUGACGAUCUUCGACGUGGCCAAGACAGCGGUUCUGCGCAGCCUCACUGCGCGACACCUCGAUCGUCGCGUCGCGGCGGGAAUGCCCCUGCUCCUGCUCCCACGUGCGAGCCUCUCUCGGGCUGACUGCGCCUUCCUUCUCUGCCUGCGCAUCGGCUGCUACAAAACAGCGGCGCGGACACACAGGCUCACGGGAACCGGCAGCCCCGUGUGUGGUAACUGCGAUGACGUGGAGACACUGGAACACCUUCUUCUUCACUGCCCGGCCUUCGGGACCGAGAGGGAGGCUCUGUACGCGUCCCACCGCCGAUGUGGCUUGCCACCCACCACCCUGCAGUGCCUACUCUUCCCCAAUGCCCACAGUUCCAUCACCAAGCGUGCAUUUUCAGCAUUGAUGGAAUUGUGUGAAGCAACACACCUGAGAGCACGGCUGUAG